UUACACUAACAUAAACAAAAUAAACUAAAAAAAAAAUCUGGUCUAAAAAUGGCAUCUCCAAACACAGAUGCAGAAAAGUAUCGAUCCUUCAUGAACGAAGAGGAUGUGAAGAACAUAAACUGGAGGUAUGGCUCCACUCCCAACUACGAUGUGGUCGACAAGCUUUUCAAAGAAGGCAGAACUAAGAUAUGGUCUCGUGGUUCGCUGGAAGAGAAGGUGCAGAGGCUCGUCAAGACAUGGGAGAUGGAGAUGUUCCACAAAGUCGACAACCAUGACUACAAAACUGUCGAUGUUCAAAACUACAAAUUCAGUCUCAAUGGAAGAAAAUUAAUGUCUCUAGAAGAGAAGAGGAAGGAUGGAGGAGGGUACAUCUCAUUGCUGAAAACAUCCUUACCGGAGAAGUUUCGUUGCUUCAAUCCAGAAACGGAGACGUUGGACUCGGCCCACCGAGCUUUCACGACCACUUUUCCACGUGGGUUUGCCCUCGAGAUUUUGGAGGUCUUCUCCGGCCCACCAGUGAUCGUCUACAAGUUCCGCCACUGGGGGUUCAUGGAGGGCCCUUUCAUAGGACACCCCCCAACCGGUGACAUGGUCGAGUUCUUCGGUAUGGCCAUUUUCGAGGUGAAUGAGGAUUCAAAGGUUGUGAGGGUUGAAUUCUUUUAUGAUCGAGGAGAGUUGCUUGGAGGUCUUGUCAAAGGCUCAAAUUCUGAUGAUGUUCAAGCUCAUGUUUCUUCAAGCUGCCCGGUUUUGAGGAACACUGGUUAAUUAGCUUAGAAUUUUGUACUUGAAUUAUUUCCCUUCCAACAUAAAUACUUGUAUCUAAUUUGCAUGAAUUUUCUUCAAUAAUAAUGUAUACAGUGGUAGUUUUGAUUUGGCAGUCCA